AUGCACCUAUCGCCCCCUCUCAUGAACGAGAGCAAGCCAGGAUUCAAGCACCAAGCAAGCGAUGAUUCCUCGGGCACCGUAAGGCUUUGGAAUACGCACUAUGCCCCGUCAUCGUAUAGCAACCCCGCAUAUGCCAGCAGUACACAGAGCAGCGACGAUGACGAUGAAGAGAUAAUGGCACAACUGCGCGAAGCCCGAAAGCGACUGGAAUCGACACAGCUGGACGAUACGUGCCUGCUGGGCCAGGACACAGACCUCAUCGCAAAAACGCCACAGGCCUACGACGCUUUUGGACUUGUUAAAAAUAGCUCGUUCAAGCUAUCGCGAUUACGCAUUGAUCAGCAGGGCGAGGGCGACCCGCCAACGAAAACGUCCAAGUCCCCACCUAAAAAUACGGCACCAGACCUCACCCUCAACUUGAAGGAUUUGCCGUUUGUUGCCCACAUCGAAAAUGAACGACGACGGCUCAGCGAUGGCUCCAUGUCGUCAACGAUCUCGGACUUGGACGACCCAACAGCGCUAGAAAGAUGGCCCAGGGUCCUAGCCUCGGUGCCUUCGCAGUACUCCGGCUCCAAGUUCGGCUUGGCGCCCUACAUCGAGCUGGAACGCAGCGAGUGGACGUGGCACGGGGAGCCGGCUAGCCCCACAUCCUCCAGUGGCCACCGCCUGUCCCUUCCGCCGUCGGAGGCAUCUGACGUGGAAAUGCCGACGCUGGAGCGCGCCAAUAUGGAGUGGGAUUGGGCAUUGGGAGGCAGCACGGCAGCCCCCACGACAUCCACGGACUUGCCGGCCCCCAUGCCGUCCUAA